CAAUAAACGGCCUACAGCACCGAGCAUAAAGCCUCUUUGGAAAAGGACAUCAAGGGGGAACCCAGGUCGUACUACUGUCAAUUCCCAUUGUUGCCGAAACGAACGAAGCAACCACCAACCAACCAACCACCUGUUUCCUACAGCAAGCGAGUGGAAGCGACAGCAACAAAGACCGCCGGAUAGGUCCCUCAAUAAUCAACUCUCCUCCUCAACUACCCGCUCCCAACAACCAAGCAACAAACUACAACUACUCGCGAGCGAGCUAGUAAACGACGACUUUUACGAAACGAAACGAACUUUGAACUACGAGUUACGAAACAUCUUGCGCAAGUAGCAAGAUACAAAUCGGCAGGCACGACCAAACCACCAAACACAGAAGAAAAAAGGAGUAAACGAAUAGCUUCAGAAAUCCAGCCAAGAUGACGCUCAAGGACGAAUUCGCGACGCGCAACUUCAGUAUCUAUGGACAAUGGCUCGGCAUUCUCUCCAUGAUCCUCUGCUUUGCCCUUGGCAUUGCCAACAUCUUCACCUUUAGACCCAUCAUCAUCGUCUUCUCUGUCAUCACUCUGUGCUUCUCCUUUGUGAUUCUCUUCGUCGAAGUCCCUCUCCUCCUCCGCAUCUGCCCGACCUCGCCCACCUUCGACAACCUCAUCCGCAAGAUCUCGACCAACUACACGCGCGCCGCCGCUUACGGCGUCAUGGCCGUCGUUGUCUUCUUGUCCUGCAUCGAUCGCACCACGUCCCUCCUUGUCCCCGGCAUCUUCCUUUCGUUCACGGGUAUCUGCUACGCUCUGGCGGCGCUCAAGGGCCAGGCAUUUGUGGGAAGCAAGACGCUGGGUGGAGCGGGUGUCGCGCAAAUGAUUGUAUAAAUCAAGUGCGAGCACACGAGAAACAGCAAGGGGAGAGAAGGUGUGAGGAGGAAAUGGGGGAACUUGGAACUUGAACUGAAAGAAAGUACUUUUCAUGACAUGGGAGUGUAAGUACUGACCAAAAAAAGGAGGAAAAAUAAUGGAUGGAUAUACAUUGAGUGGGAGAAGAAUGCAGGGGAUUGGUUCAUUAUAGAUAUGCGGAAAAAGGAGGGACACUUUUCGGAAGAUAAGAGUGAUGCCGGACAAACGGGGGAAUCCGCUCGUGUCAGUCGUGUUGUUGCUGGACUGUUUGAAUGAAAUUACUAUUCACAUC